AUGCUGGCAGAACGAGCUUGCGGCCCCAUCUACAACGCUAUUGAUACAGGCAACAACACGCUCGCCGUUCAACAUGCCGACAAGGUAUUGCAGUCCCAGCCGGAUCUGGCGCUCGCUUCUGCUCUCAAAGCCCUUGCACUUAUGCGCUCGGGGAAGCGUGAUGAAGCCAAUGUCGUCUGCACAAAGCUGGUCGCAAGAGGGCUCAGAAAGGGCGAAGAGAAUGCUCUAACACCUUUGACAUGGACACUGGCCCGACUAGGUCGCACUGACGACGAGAUCGCACUCCUCGAAGCCGCGGUCAAGGCCAAUCCCAACGACGAAGCGCUUGCCCGACAGACCUUCUUCGCUCUCGUCAAGAACAAAGCAUUUCAAAAAGCGCAACAGCUCGCACUCAAGAUGCACAAGUCAUUCACGGGUCGCAACAGAGCACAGGGACGAUUCGUGGAAGAGUACUUUUGGUGGUCCAUUCUCUCUUACCUGCUGCUCGCCAGGGAUCCUAAAGCCCCUGGUGCUGCCCUCGCGCUUCCACUCAGCCAGCGAAUGAUCGAAAAGCAGAUCGAGUCCAAGCCGUUGGGCCUCAAGGACGAGGAAGCACUCUGUCUGCUCCUCCAAGUGCUCAUCCGUCAAAAUAAGAAGAAGGACGCCUUCGAUCUCAUCGCCAUUGAAGGAUCCGUGGGACACACGCUGUGCGACCGCAAUCUCAGCCUCGAGUUCACUCGAACUGAUCUGGCCACGGAGCUCCAGAAUUGGCAGUACGUCCAUGACAGCUGUUGGGCUCGCAUCGACGGCGGCAGCCGUAACUGGGCUCAUUUCACUGGAUAUUUGGACGCGGCGGAAAAGCUCGGCAGUGGUCAGCUGGUUGCUGCACAGAAGAAGAUCAACGUGCUCCUCAGCGUCAAAGGAGCUACCAAGGAUCGUUCCGUUCGCCUUGCCGAGCUUGAAGUGAUCAGGAAGCGAUCAAAUGCAGGCGAUCAAGACGCUCAAGCUCAUCUGGCUUCCAAGGUGAUCUCUUACUUUGAUCAGUUUGCGAACAAAGCAUGUUGCCACGAGGAUCUAUUGCCUUACCUUGGCGCUCUUUCCACAGAAUCGCGCGCCAGCGUGUCAGCAAAGAUACGGGAAAAGGGGCGACCGCUGCCGAUCAAGAAUGAGCUCGAAUUGAAGAACAACAUUUCGAUCGCCAAGAUCACACGCACGGUGCAGCCUUCCGACACGUUGACAGAGCAGAGCGAGGCACAGCUUGCAUCCGAGCUUCUCAAGCAGUACCUGGACGGUCUUUCGGUGGGAGCAUCUUUGCCCGAGACCGAAAUGCAGCCUGCCGAUGAUUUGGCCCUGCUCAGCGUGCAAGCAUUGCUCUCAGCUUACAGGCUGUCUGGCGGCAAGCUCGUGUAUCUUCACCAGACCAUCGCCUUGCUUGAAUUUGCAUUGACAAAAAGCAAAAAGGCAUACCAGCUGCGAAUGCUGUUGAUACGCAUCUACGUGCUCGCAGGCGCCUUCGACCGGGCAUCGGUGCACUACGGGCUGAUCGGGCUCAAAAGCGUUCAGAAUGACACACUGUCGCAUCUGAUCAGCGAGAGGUGUUCUGCUUUUUCUGCGACCAGCGCCAGCAGCAGCAACGUUGACGAUGGUUUGUACAAGACGACAGUGCGCACCCUGUCGACAUCGCAAGCGAUCUACGAGGAGAACCGGAACUCGACGCCGGAUAUGAUCUCGAAAGCGUUGGAGCACGGCAUUUACUCUCGUGUGGAAGAGUUUGUCGAAUUCGGCGAGGCGUUGGAAAGGUCACUGCAACGGCAGGUGUUGCGUUUGGAAGAGUCGCGAUCGCAUCUGCACAAUCGUCAGAACUUCAAGGAUAAGGAGCAGAGGGAGAAGUUUGAAGCUGGAAUUGAGAAGGCGGUGGCUGCGGUGCAGGCGGAUGUGACGAAAGGAUUGCACGACCAGCGGGACUUUACGGUGCUGGUCAACUACCAGCCCUUGGAUACGCCUGAUGUUGAAGAGCUGUCGCAGAUGGGACCGCGUCCCGAUGCGGGAUGGGUGCGAAGCAUUGCGUCGACUCUCUCUUCUACGCCACUGGAAGCAGAGGAGGAAAUGGACUUGCAGAAGCUAACGGCUCCAGAACGUGCACUCUUCGGCCUCGCGCGCAGCUCACGUGGCGGGGCAUCGGAUUCGACUGCAUUGACCAACAUGCUCGAAUCGACCAAGACCACUGUCCGAGCGCUCGUCGAUAUUGCAAGCGAUACUGAAGUCGACUCUGCUCGCUGGAGCAGACCUGUGGACGCGAUCCACGAAGUAGCCAUCAUGCUGGAAGCCAUCUACCUCGCACACACACACCUCAGCAACGACAAGGACGCGAGAUCGACCUGCAAAUCGCACCUUGCCGAAAUUGCUACGCUCGUCAACCACCUUUCGAGAUCGACGCAGACGGCAGGUGCACAAGCGACCGUGUUGGAAGAGGGUCUGGCGUCAUUGGGUGCAGAAAAGAUAGAGCAGAUGAUGCAAUCUGCGAGGGACAAUGUAGCACGCAGCUCGACAAAGGUGUUUGGCAACCUGAGGGAUGCGCUGCGAGAUGCCUUGUAG